AUGAGAUUAUGCUCUUUCUCCCCUGUUCAGGCCUUAGAGUCCCUCGACCCAGGUAUCUUCAUGGCUGGUCAGGAAUAUUGUGUAGCCGGCAGUCUUUCGUCAAGGGGGCCAACUGUGAGCUUCUCGUCUCUCACCACUUCCACUCCCACCAUCACCAUUUCAACAUUUCCCACUCUGUUCAUGAUUUCUCUCUCUCCUCCUUCUUCUCCUCCUUUGGUCCCAUACCAGCCCCAACAAACGGGCACUGCCACCAACUGCGACCGAUAUUACCUCGCUGAAACUGGUGACACGUGCGGCAAGAUCGAAGCCCAAUUCGACGUCAGCACAAGCGACUGGAAUCCAGCAGCGACCGACACCCAGUGGGCCGGUUGGAGGAGUGAUGGUAUCAGUCCGCUAGUGAUUCCUCUAUCCAAUGUCUUCAGCGGUCGUUACCACGGCGUAAGCAUGCCUAUUCCUAACUCAGAUCAAAGAAGUAGCCACCAAAUUGCUGAGAGAUAUCCUGACCCAGACUACAGAGUCCUCGUACGGAUCGGAAGGCAUCUUCGGGGCUUUUCACGACGUAUCAUGUUCCGCUACCCAAUCAGAAUCCACACUCUUACCACUCUAGAAGCGAUCAGGCUCUCAUCUGCUGACAGACUGCUGGUCCAUCAGGUGACUUGUAUUGAUUUCCCCGCGUUUUCCGGCCCCAUCCCAAUUAGGCAAUACAGCAGCCGAUCCCUCCUUCACCGUCAGCCGCAAACGAUGAUGACUGCUACAAUUCUUCAAUCCCAAUCAGUGCAUCGUCUUGAAAGCACAGCUUAUUGGGUGUGA